GUUUGUUUGUUGGACAUACAAAGAUACAUGAGUAAAACAUUCAAAAGUUGUGAAUCUGUGGUUCAACAUCAAUGCAAAGCUACACAAAAUACCGGUUUUUCUAAUAUCAAAAAAAUAUGCUAAAAUUCGUAUUACAUUUACUUGUUUUGCUAGAGUGUUUUCGUCGCUGUUAGCUGAAGCUUAAGCGAGUGUUUAUUAAGGCGAGUUUUUAGUAGCAUACAACAUUUGCAGACGUACACAACUCAGCCAGCCAACGUACGCGUUGUCAAAGUAGAAAUUUUCGCAAAUUACAUAAAGAAUUAUUAAAAAUCGACGUGAACUUUAACUUUUGUACAGACAAAAAACUAUUUAGGGUUCGCCAAAAUGAAAUUGUUUAUUAAAUUGUUCGUCGUUGCUGUCUCGCUCGUUUGCGCACGCGCCGAUGUCUCGCAUAUACUACAUCAGGGCGGCUACACCACAACAACACCACAGCCAGGGCCACCCAAUCCAUAUGUCUUCAGCUAUCAGGCUGGUCGUGCGCCAGGUCAUGUGGAUCGCCAACAUACCGAGGUCUCCGAUGGCACGGGUGUGGUACGUGGCGCCUUCUCCUAUGUGGAUCCAAGGAAUCAGUUGCGCACCGUACAAUAUGUAGCCGAUGAGCAUGGUUUCCAUCCGCAAUUGAGUCACGAACAGGAGGACACCGAGGCGGUGAAGCAGGCGAAGCGUAAGCAUUUUGCGCUCUACAAUCGCAUUGCGCAAGAACAUGCUGCCGAGGGGGUGAACGGCGCUCCAAAUUCUGCCUACGCUGCUGGGCCGCGCAACACCGAGGCCGUCGCUUAUGCCACACACAAACAUCUCAGCGAAUUCGAGCGCAUUGCGGCGGAACAUGCGCGCAUGCGCGCCGAACUCGAGGCGCAGCGUUUAAGCAAUCCACAGGAUGAUGGCCAGUACCAUGGCGAGGAGGAGCAAUAUCAGCACUACUAAGUUCGUCAAAGUUUUUUUUAGUUCGCUUGUACAUAUGUUUCACUUAAGUUCUAUGUAGUUAAAUUCCUUAGUAAUUUGCUUUUGUGAUUUUCAUGUACUCCCCCAUAGCUGCAAUGUGUAUAUAUGUAGUAUAUGUAUGUAUAUCUGUAAUAUGUUUGGCUUGCCAAUAAAUGUUUGUUGCACCGCA